AUGGCGACCACCGAGGAAAAACAGCCUCCGCACGCGGUCAACUCGCCAGAGCACUCAUUGACUGACACCAACUCAAAUGAGCUCCCUGCCUCGUGGAAAUACAGACGCUUCACCGUUCUCGGUUUCAAGCUGCCAUGGUUCGCGUCACCACCCGUCCAGCUCGUCAUUGUCUCCUUCGUCUGCUUCAUGUGCCCAGGCAUGUUCAAUGCUCUGAACGGCAUGGGUGGUGGCGGCCAACUUGACCCGACUGCCAACAACCGGGCCAACACGGCUUUGUACUCGACCUUUGCUGUUGUCGGCUUCUUUGCCGGCACCUUUACCAACAAGCUUGGCAUUCGCACUGCUCUGUCUUUUGGAGGCGUCGGAUACUCCAUCUACGUUGCCUCGUACCUGUGUUAUAACCACACGCAGAAUCUGGGCUUCACUACCUUUGCCGGUGCACUUCUCGGUGUAUGCGCUGGUCUGCUAUGGUGUGCACAAGGAGCCAUCAUGAUGUCGUACCCGCCAGAGGAUUCCAAGGGUCGCUACAUUUCGUGGUUCUGGAUGAUCUUCAACCUUGGCGCUGUUAUCGGCAGUUUGAUUCCGUUGGGUCAGAACAUCAACACCAAGACUGCGGGCACAGUUAACGACGGCACCUACGUCGGCUUCCUUGUCCUCACGAUCCUCGGUGCUGCUCUCUCAUGGACCCUCGUCGACGCAAAGGACGUCAUCCGCGAUGAUGGAUCCAAGGUCAUUGUCAUGAAGCACCCGUCGUGGAAGUCGGAAAUCGUUGGUCUCUACCAAACCUUCUUCACCGACCCGUACAUCAUCCUUCUUUUCCCCAUGUUCCUGGCAUCCAACUGGUUCUACACCUACCACUUCACCGAGAUCAACGCUGCAUACUUCAACGUCCGCACCCGAGCGCUCAACGGCGUCGUCUACUACAUCAUGCAGAUCGUUGGUGCCUACGUCUUUGGUUACGCGCUCGACAUUAAGGGUGUCCGCCGAACCACUCGCGCUAAGGCUGCGUGGGGUGUGCUUUUCGCCACUAUCAUGAUUAUCUGGGGCUUUGGAUACAUGUUUCAGAAGACCUACGACCGCGCCUGGGCAGAGGACGAGACAAACGAGAAGAAGGACUGGUCUGACGCAGGUUACGCCGGCCCCUUUGUCCUCUACAUGUUCUACGGAUUUUCCGAUGCCGCCUGGCAAACAUCAGUCUACUGGUUCAUGGGUGCUCUGACCAACAACAGCCGCAAGCUCGCCAACUUCGCUGGUUUCUACAAGGGUAUCCAGUCCGCUGGAGGUGCCAUCACAUGGCGUUUGGACGACACCAAGAUUCCCUUCAUGACCAUGUUUGCUAGCAACUGGGGACUUCUCGCGGGCAGUCUGGUUGUUGCUCUACCUGUCAUUCUCUGGAAGGUUGAGGACACUGUUGCGAUUGAGAAGGACAUCGCUUUCACUGACGAGACAGUGGCGGAAGUCGCCCCCAAGGCGGUUGUUCACUCAACGCCUGGUGACGCCGAGAAGGUCUAG